AUGGCUCUAAAUGAUUGCUGGCUUCAGAGCAUGUCCUGCAACAUCUCUAAUGACAGUGUGGAGCUCCCCAUGAGUGAGGACUGGUUCCACCCGGGGAUCCUCUAUGUCAUCCCUGCAAUCUAUGGGGUCAUCAUUCUGAUAGGCCUCAUUGGCAACAUCACCCUGAUCAAGAUCUUUUGUACCGUGAAGUCCAUGCGAAAUGUGCCAAACCUCUUCAUCUCCAGCCUGGCUCUGGGAGACCUACUCCUCCUGGUAACCUGUGCUCCCGUGGAUGCCAGCCGGUACCUGGCUGACAGAUGGCUGUUUGGCAGGAUUGGCUGCAAACUGAUCCCCUUUAUACAGCUUACCUCGGUGGGGGUGUCCGUCUUCACACUCACGGCUCUCUCCGCAGACAGGUACAAAGCCAUCGUCCGGCCAAUGGAUAUCCAGGCCUCUCAUGCCCUGAUGAAGAUCUGCCUCAAAGCCGCAUUGAUCUGGAUCAUCUCCAUGCUUCUGGCCAUUCCAGAAGCUGUGUUUUCUGAUCUGCAUCCUUUCCAUGAGGAAAGCACCAAUCAGACCUUCAUCAGCUGUGCCCCAUACCCACACUCUAAUGAGCUGCACCCCAAAAUCCACUCCAUGGCUUCCUUUCUGAUCUUCUACAUCAUCCCACUGUCGAUUAUUUCUGUCUACUACUACUUCAUUGCCAAAAAUCUGAUCCAGAGUGCUUACAAUCUGCCCGUGGAAGGGAAUAUACAUGUCAAGAAGCAGAUUGAAUCCCGGAAGCGCCUUGCCAAGACAGUGCUAGUGUUUGUGGGCCUCUUUGCCUUCUGCUGGCUCCCCAACCAUGUCAUCUACCUGUACCGCUCCUACCACUACUCCAAGGUGGACACCUCCAUGCUCCACUUUGUCACCAGUAUCUGCGCCCGCCUCCUGGCCUUCACCAACUCCUGUGUCAACCCUUUUGCCCUCUACCUGCUGAGCAAGAGUUUUAGGAAGCAGUUCAACACCCAGCUCCUCUGUUGCCAGCCUGGCCUAUUAACCCGGUCUCACAGCACCGGCAGAAGUACCACCUGCAUGACCUCCCUCAAGAGUACCAACCCCUCUGCAGCCACCUUCAGCCUUAUCAAUGGAAACAUCUGUCAUGAGGGGUAUGUCUAG